AUGUCGUCCCCAGCUCCGCUCCUCAAACCCCCCGUGCCGGGGUCGCGGAAUAACAGCAGUCCACGAGCGCCGCGCCUCACCCUGGGAAUCCCUCCCUCGCCCAACGCGAAACCUGUCAAUCCGCCGAAUGGACAGUCCAACGUCCCGGAUCUGCCUCCGCUGCUGCGACCUGCUGGUCGUCCCGCCCCGCCGCAGCUCCGGUUAGCGACCCCCAUGGGGAACCAACAGUCCCUCGCCGACGGCGGAUCAUUGCACGAUGGAAUCCCUCUGCCGGGCGGGACAUCGGCCAGCGGGACGAGCGACGCCAGCGGCCAUUCGAGAUCGGGGAGCUUCACCCAUCAUGACGGCAAGGCCAGCGGCCCGGGCUCCGCCUCGUCGUCGACCUAUUCCGCGUUAUCUUUCGCAAUGGGUCUGCGACAGCCUGCCGGCGGCACUCCUGACCCCUCCUCCGCAAUCAGCUCGGUCGAUGGUGGGGUGGCGAUGGAGAGGGACAACAGCAUGAACGGGCUUCUCCCCGAUCUCGACAAGCUCGCUCUAGAGAAGGGGAGGCCGCUUGAUGUCGAAGACCUGGACGACGAGGGAUGGCUGGCCGCCAGUGAGCAGAAGAAGAUCAUCGAGCUGGGCAGUCUGGGCGAAGGGGCAGGAGGGGCAGUGACGCGAUGUAUGUUGAAGGGUGGGAAGACGGUCUUUGCAUUGAAGGUCAUCACCACCGAUCCAAACCCGGAUGUCAAGAAGCAGAUCAUUCGGGAACUGAAUUUCAACAAAGACUGCGCCUCGGAGCAUAUCUGCCGCUACUACGGUGCGUUCAUGGACAAAUCCACGGGGACCAUCUCCAUUGCCAUGGAGUUCUGUGAAGGAGGAAGCCUGGAUAGCAUCUACAAGGAGGUGAAGAAGCUUGGUGGCCGAACGGGCGAGAAGGUUCUGGGGAAGAUUGCGGAAGGAGUCUUGAAUGGCUUGACCUAUCUCCACAGCCGGAAGAUCAUCCAUCGAGACAUCAAGCCAUCGAACAUCCUGCUCUGUCGAGACGGCCAGGUCAAGCUCUGCGAUUUCGGGGUCAGCGGCGAAUUCGGCACGAAAGGCGACGCCAACACGUUUAUCGGCACGUCAUACUACAUGGCUCCGGAACGGAUCACGGGUCAAUCGUACACCAUCACAUCGGACGUGUGGUCUCUGGGCGUCACGUUGCUAGAAGUGGCUCAGCAUCGAUUCCCAUUCCCUGCCGACGGGACGGAGAUGCAGCCGCGCGCCGGCCUCAUCGAUCUGCUCACGUACAUAGUCCGCCAACCGAUCCCGAAGUUGAAGGAUGAGCCGGAGAAUGGUAUUCACUGGUCCGACAACUUUAAGUAUUUCAUCGAGUGCUGUCUCGAAAAAGAUCCCCCGCGAAGAGCGACUCCCUGGCGGAUGCUGGAACAUCCGUGGAUGCUGGACAUCAAGAACAAGAAAGUCAACAUGGCCAACUUUGUCAAGCAGGUGUGGGACUGGAAGGACUAA